AACAGCUCAUAACCGCCGGACCUCUGCCAUCGACUUCACGUACUUCCAUCUCGUGUCGUAGGAAAAAACAAGCGACAAGACACAACUGCGCGCGACAACGACAGCUUCCACCAUGGCUGCCAACACCAAGUACCAGCAGGCGCCAACUCACGACCCCGAUGCCGACGAGCACGGUCUCUACUCCCAAGCACCCCCAGCGUACCAGGCCGAGAGCAGCGCCGCUCAGGAUGAGGCCCGUCUCUUCGGCGGCGGCGCGCCGCGCGCCAGUCAGGAUGAGGACGGCGACCUGCCCCGACGACUUCAAGUUUGGGCGGCUCCGUCGCCGAGGCCACCAUCGACAUCCCGCAUGCAGUUCAUCCGCAAGGUCUACGCCAUCCUGACUGUCCAGCUCAUCGGCACCGGCGCCGUCUCGGUCCUGAGCUUCUUCAGCGAGGGCUAC